AUGGAUGCUGUCGAAACACCAGGCCGCAUUCCCGGACGGGUCCAGGCCCUCAACCCGCCGUCGUUCAUCGCCACGGCGCCUUUUUCCUUCCAGCUACCAUCCGGCUCGGCUCCUUCCGCCUCCAUAGGCUAUGCUCCCGGCACGUGCUCGGGUACCACGGCUACUGCAGCCCCCGCGGUAGCCCCUUUCGCGUAUUCGCUCGCUACUGCUCUACCAGUCCAGCUCCAGGGAAUUCAGACGUCUAUGCCCCGCAGCGAAUACGGACCCAAUAAUCAGCCCACCCUUCCACGAACUCCGGCUGGAUUAGGCAAUAGGCUAAAUUCGUUGCUAGACUCCGCGAGUGUUUUUAUGGCAAAAGCUUUAGCGCCAUCUACCCUCAAAGCUUAUAGCUACGCGUGGUCCCUGUUUAAUUUAUUUUGCAUUUCCAUGCACGUUUCAGUUCUUCCAGUGUCGGUAUCUAUUGUCUGCGCUUUUAUCGUCCACUGCUUCGAAUCUCAUAGACAUAAAUUGUCUACGAUUCGGGGGAAUAUAGCUGGUAUUCAAUUUUAUGCUAGAUGCCAAGAUCCUGGCUCUCCUAGUCUAUUUUCGGCUCCCGCAAUCCGUCUUUUAUUGAAGGGCAUGUAUAAAUCGGUGCCAAAAGUACCAGACAAACGCUCUCCUAUCACACUCGAUAUAUUGAACAGAUUAGUGUGCGCUCUUAGAGCUGGGAAAUUCCAUCCUUAUUUUAACACAUUACUUGAGACAGUGUUUCUCACAGCAUUCUACGGGUUCAUGCGUCCAGGGGAAUAUACGUCUCCUACUCAGACUUUUUCCCCUACACGGGGCCUGGCUUUUGCUGAUGUCACCUUCUCUGCAAGGCAUUUUUCCAUCUUCUUAAAACGGUCCAAAAGCGAUAGCCUAGGGGCAGGUGUUACUAUUAUCAUCUCAAGAAUCAACAACUCUCUCUGCCCUUACGCUUCCAUGCUCCUUUACCUCAAGCUCCGGCAAUGCACGCCUCCCGAAUCACCUCUGUUUAUUUUGCCUAACGGCCGGCCAAUGACUAAAGAGUGGUUUAGAGUCCAUCUCGCGAAGGUGGUAGAAGGGUGUGGCCUACCUUCUCCCCUCUACACUGGCCACUCCUUCCGGAUUGGAGCGGCAACUACAGCCGCUGAACAAGGGUUGCCGGACGCGUCUAUCAAACGGCUGGGAAGGUGGUCUUCCACAGCCUACGAAUCCUACAUCCGGUCGAAUUCAAGGUUCUUCCAUCAAGCGCACACGAUGCUCUCUAACGUCGGUCAAGGCAGGUUUAACACGUUUUCAACUAUAGCUGUUUCUGGCGGCUGUUUCCAUUCCAGGGUUAUUCUAGUCUUAGUGUCAAGCUGUUAUUCUAGUCUAUUCGUUUUAGUUACGCCUAUAUUCUUUCUAGUGUUAUCGAAAUGUAUUGUACUAUGUAUUUAACUAUAGUUAUUGUCAUACGCCCAGCAUGCCUGUUGCGUCCCGUUUUUUUUCACGCGAUAAAGGUUCGUGAUGAUGAUAUUUUGUCAUUAUUUUCGUUGCUAAAAGCAACAUUAUUGCAACUACUGGUGGUGGUGGUUAUCGGGUACUAAAUUCAUAAAGCAAAAUUCGGUGUCAUAACUCAGGUUAACCUGCAGCAACCCCGGCGAGUGUGACCACGUCGGUGGAUCAUCUAGAAAACACUCUUGAGUUCGCUGUCACGUCAGUGGCGUUCAUAGGAAAAUAAAACUCAAGGUUGCAGCGGCAACCCCGGUGAGUGCGUUGCUCACGUCGGUGGGAACAACUCGGGCACUCGUGAGUAUGACCACGUCGGUGGCACGUUAUCUAAUACUCAUGGUUUGACUGCAGUAACCCCGGUGAGUGCGUUGCUCACGUCGGUGGGAACAACUAAAAGCACUCGUGAGUUCGUUGCGCACGUCGGUGCGGUACAACUCAGAACUCUAGUUCGUUGCAGCAACCCCGGUGAGUGCGUUGCCCACGUCGGUGGGAACAACCCAAGCACUCGUGAGUUCGUUGCGCACGUCGGUGCGGUACAACUCAGAACUUCACGUUCGCUGCAGCAACCCUGGUAGUGCGUUGACCACGUCGGUGGGCACAACUCGGGCACAUGCAAAUUUAAUUACCACGUCGGUGGCAUAAUAUCAAACACUCAAGUGCAGGGCACUCGGAGUUCAUUGAACACGUCGGUGUUUAACACGGAAGUACACAAUAUUUGCUGCAGCAACACCGGUGAGUGCGUGACCACGUCGGUGGCACAUCAAGGGCACUCGUGAUUUCGUUGACCACGUCGGUGUUCAACAUGAAAGUUCACAAUACUUGCUGCAACAACACCGGUGAGUGCGUGACCACGUCGGUGGCACAUCAAGGGCACUCGUGAGUUCGUUGACCACGUCGGUGGUUCAACGCGAAAGCACUCAGGUCACGCAGCGACCCCGGAGAGUGAAUCGACCACGGCAGUUGGUACAGCACGAAAGCACUCGUGGCUCGCUGCGUAACAGCUGCAGAGUGCUCUAAAUUUUAAUUGAUCUCGCUGAGGUAUUUUAAGUCAACUGCUUUUACGUGAUUCAUCGAUCUCGCUGACGGUUUUUAAGCUUAUCGUUUUACGGUACGUAUGAUUGACUCUUAAUAUGUCGUAUAUUGGGUAUGCCUUUUAUCUUCCAGAAGCAGUAUAGAUCCUUGUCCACUUCUUCUACGCGGGUAUGUAUGGUCUCAUUACCCCCUUUCGAUAUUCUAUUUUUGGGGUCGGCUCCGCCCCUGCCAGUCCCGGCAGGACAUGCCGAGGUAUCUUAGCUACUUCCGGCGUAGGCCUACGUCCUCUCUUUUGGGGAAGGCUCCGCCCCUGCUAGUCCUGGCAGGAUACGCCGAGUCCGCACGUUAUCCUGGAUCAGUGACGGGGCUCAUGCCAAAGAUUCACCAUGCAAAAUAUUCCCAUGUCGUUAUUUAAAUAAAUCCUGUUCAUACUUAUCGGUGAUCAAGUCUUUAUGGGAGAAAUGUUAAGCUUGCUGGUAGUUCUACCAUGAGGACUCAAAUCACGCGCGGCUGGCCGCCAAUCACCAGCUACCAAUCACCUGCCUACACCUGCUCUAUAAAGAGUAGUCUAACAUAUGUCUUGCUGCUCAGGUCUUCGUUCAACGCACCUCCAUCCACCCCACCACCACCAGGUCGGCCCAGUCUACUUGUCCAGGGGAAGGCUCCGCCCCUGCUAGUCCUGGCAGGAUACGCCGAGUCCGCACGUUAUCCUGGAUCAGUGACGGGGCUCAUGCCAAAGAUUCACCAUGCAAAAUAUUCCCAUGUCGUUAUUUAAAUAAAUCCUGUUCAUACUUAUCGGUGAUCAAGUCUUUAUGGGAGAAUUAUCACAUUAAUUCCAGCUUAUUACAGAUGAUUUGGCUUUACGACUGAAGGUUAAGCACAAAAAAAAUCACAUGAAAGGAAUUACAAUGAAUCCACUUAAAAGGGAUUACAAAAGGGAAUAUUAACUGGGCAAAAAAUUGUUCAAUGUUCAAUGUUCAUGAAAUAAACAUGAAUACUUGAAUGAAAACAUACUUGAAUAACUAAUAAGGAAUCGGACCAGCCUGAAGGACAUGUAGUGGAAGUCCUCUCACAUAUUAGGAUAAUAAACUUAAACUUUCUAAGAAUUCACCAGUUUCAAUCAUACAUUACUCCAUAGUGUAACUCUAGUUUGCUGGGUGGCAAUGCUGCAAAAAAUGUAAAACUGUGCUACUGGACUAAUAAACUCUCUUACACUCUCAUUACUGUGCCAGGUCGUUGGUGACAGAGAGUUGAAUCAUCUUUUUAAUGAGGCCUGCAGGGUUGCACAACACAUCCUUGCCUUUCGCUCUGAUCUCUACUUUCUCGAUUUCAAUGCGAAUCCUAACUGUACCUAUUUCUCUCAGCACCAUUUGAGCUCGCUAUCCUCUGGU